GUUGUCAGGGAAACAAUUCAUGUGAUAUUAAAGAGUAUCUAUGAGGUCAUUUAUUGUGUACUUCAGCCUAUGGAGAUAUUAAACACAGCCUUUACAUCUCUGCCCUUAAAUGCUGUUAGUUACCAGUUGACACUACAUGUGUCGUUACUCAAACUGCUGAAAUUGCAAUAAGAAAUUCUAGCAGCGUUAAUUGAAAGUAUUAUUAACAAAAAAGGUCAAAGACAAAUGGCAGUGUUAGGCAUUCUACUUCUGCUAGCUGGAUUUGAAGUGAGUGUGGCGACUUUUUGCCCUGUUGGUUGGCAUCGAUAUGACAAGGCCUGCUACUUUGUGAUCAAAGAAAAAUGGGAGUGGCAAAAUGCCAGGCAAUUUUGUUCUAUGUUUCAUGCAGACCUUACAGUUCCGAACUUAGCAGAAGAACAGGCUUUUGUGUGGGAGCUGCUCCUGCGGGAGCUUGAGCCUGAUGGUCCUGAAGAUGGAGCCUGGAUUCGGUGCAAUGACAUCCAUCAGGAGGGUGUUUGGCAGCAUUGCCCUCUUAGAGGUGACGAAACCAAUGCAUACCAAAACUGGCUUGAAGGAAAGCCUGACAAUCGCACGACUGGAGCCGACUGUGCACUGAUGGUCGAUUGGAAUGAUGGCAAGUGGGGCAAUCAGAAUUGUCCUAAUCCAAAAUAUGCAACCUGUGAGCUCCCCAUCAACAACUAUCACCCGCUGUUCUGCCUUCAGAUUGGCUCAGAUGGUCACAUCGUCUCACAGUGCCUCACUGGUCAUGUUAUGAUGGAAAUACAGGCUCAGGGCAUGGUGUCUUGUGGCAAGGCCUGCCUCUCCCAUCCCAGAUGCAACUCCUUCAAUCUGCUGGUCCAAGGCCAGGGCAGGAUGAUGUGCCAGCUAAACAACAUUACUCUUCAGAAAGCAGCCGCUCAAGAUGUGAGGCACAUUGAGAACUGCUACAGCCUUGACCUGUAGAAAUUUUUGGUGGUUGGUGUUUGAUGAGGCAAUCACAUCUUUGAGAUCUUCUUUUGACAAUAUAAAGACAAAACAAAACUGACUCGACACAAAAUAUGGCUUUCGUGGAAGUUUUUAUCUGUAGCCUCCAAAGGGUUAGGCUGCUAUGUCAAGGUUAAAAAAAAAACAGAAAGAUUUGGGUAGAAGAGGGAACUGUAGUGUGAAUUUCCCAGGUUGACAAAACCUGACUGUUUACCAUCAGAGUCUUUUUGUGGACUGCUACAGGUACAACGACAUUCAGUAAGUACAAAUAUUCAUCCUUCAAACUUGUGUUUUGGUGCAAUCGACUUGUGACUGACUCAAAUAUAAUUCUGGUGUUAGAGGCGGCUUUGCUAUUGUAUUCCUCAAUAUUAGCAGUGUCAAAAAGAAAUCACAGUAGAAAAAGCUUUUGAGUUUUUUGUAAGUGCCAUCAAGAAACCUACAAAAAGAACUCUUCACAUACUUACAAAUGCUGCUCAGUGUUAUCAGUGAUAGUGAAUAUUCACUUUGAUGUAUUAAUUAACACAAAAAUAAGUAGAUACAUGAAAGUAUAUCGAUUUGUAGAACUGCACCCCUAUAUUUGGCACCUUACAUGUACUAUUUUUUUCAGUUUGACCAAAUAAUGCCUGGAAAUGAAAUGAAACUUCAGAUAACUGACCCUUACAACAUGUCAUGUAAAUUGUGAGACAAAUUUGACGCAAUUGCAACCUUGUUUGACCAUUUAAAACAGCACAUAGAGAGGAAAAAUCGUCUGAUGAAAAGGAAGUUGAGUAUGCAAAGUAGGCUAAUAAAUGGGUAUUAACUUUGUCAACCUGUACAUGUGAACUCUAACAGGUUAACCGUAGAUGUUAACAAUGGAAGUGUAAACUCACAGCUCACCAGUGUGCCCAAUUUUACAGGAUUAAUUUCAAGCACAGACAUUUUCACCUGUUGUUUAACCAAGGAAACAUAGUUCAAUGUUGUAAAGUAACUGAGUUUGUACCCUGUCAUUGACAAAGCACUGUUGAUAACACAACUCCCAGAUAACUAAAAAUCAAGUCAAAGUGUACUGUGCAGUUAUUGUAGAAUUGAUUAAUGUCAUUAUUCUACAAAUAAACCUGGAAGCAUGAUUGGAGGGUGGACAGUCAAAAAUACCGGUAGCUCCCCUUUGUAUUUGGAAGUUGACAAAUGACCAGCAGUUUGCUUCACAUCCACCCCAAAUAAGCCAUGAUAUAUUUGCUUUAACCAUACCUCAGACCUAUUCUGUUACCAUUAAAAGUUCAGGAGCGAAGGGAGAGCUACACAUACAGUAUGUGUGCCACCAUCUAUAAUGUGUAGUGUGCAUGUUGCAUAGCUUGGGUGAUGCUCGCGCAUACAUACUUCACCAAGGCAACAGUUACACUGAACAGCUUGGCAAAAAUAACGAGUGGCCUGCGAUGAUGUACACACCAGUAAGGGUUCAGCUCUCGAUUAUGAAUAUGUAUGAGGAAUGGUAACACUUUAUAUGUCUUGGACAGUGUAUCACUUUUUACUUGUUUCGAAUGGUUGUAUAAAAACACUGUAAACAAGACAACAUAAAUGUCACACAGGUGUGCAUUGUUAUCAUAUUCAUUUUAUGCUAAUUAUUCUAAGUGGUGAACUAAAAUAGAUAGCUUAAUUGUCUAGCUGAUAGAGUCAACAGGCUGAAAUGAAUAUGUGUGGUGGUUUAAACUGACGGCAUAAACAACUACAUGUAUGAUUUGAGGAAAAUAAUGAUGUGUGACUGUCUGAAUUGAAGCACAUUGCGUAUUUGACUAAAAACGGAGCAAUGUUAGCCAAACCAUUUUUAACAAAGUCUGGUGACUUCAAUUUGAAAAUAUCAUUUGUAUGACAGAUGGAGCUUUCAAGAGCACUGGAAAACCACAGCUUUUAACUUACAAGAAACUGUACAAGUAACCAAUAAAAUUUGUUGAGCUUUUUUUCCCACUGGGACGGGAUGGGAACAGGAGGGGACAAGUGCCUCCAUCGCUUGCUUCCUUAUGAUGCCUAUGAUUACAUGUGACAGAGAGAGAGGUCA